AUGGACAGAAGACACACAACAGUUCUGCAGCUGCUGAGCUUUGCUGCUCUCCUGGCCUGCGGUGAGUCUCUUUGGUUAUUUCUUUAUGUGCAUGUGGUUCUUGAUCCCUAAGACUACUAUGAUUAUUUCUAAUCAUGAAAAGUAAAUAUUGAUUAGUCAUGUGACCUCUUCGAAAUUAAAACUGUAAGCUGUUAAUGAAAGAUUAAAUAACGCUCUUGUAGUACAGUGCCCAGCAUAAGUCAGUACACCCCCUUUUAAAAGUAAAUGUAUUACUCAAUAUCUAGAUGAGCAAAAGUACAAUUUCCAAAGUUUUGACAAAGCUGAGUUUAACACAACAUUUAUUUACCAUACGAUGAAAAUAAGGGUGAUAUGGUAACUAAGAUUUAGCUUUGCUCCCAGAACUUUGAUUGGGGUGUACUCAUUUUUGCAUCCGGAUUUUAAAUUAAAUCAAAAAGUACUUUUUUGUAUGCAGUUAAAGAAAUCUUGUUCGCAACCAAUGGCCUACAUUUGGGGGAGUAUUUUGUUGUACAGUCUGACAUAGAAAAUGUUGAUUUUGAAAGGAAAUUUAAGGUUUUCUGACAACUCUGAAGGGGUGUACUCAUUUAUGCUGAGCACUGUAUCUAUUAAAAAAUCACUACAUCAAAACAUAAUGAGCAGGAGAACUUUGUCUCCAAAAACACAAAUUUGCAUAGAGAGGAUAAUGAUGUGAUUUUUGCCUUCUUUUCAACCCAUACAGAUACUGUUUGUUUGUUUUAGGGCUCAUAUAAAAAGUUAUUUUCAGUUUUGCACAUUUAAACCUCCUGCGCUCAGUUUUUCAACUUAUUUCUGACAGGAGUUCACUACUUUUGUCACAAAUGCAGAUAAAAUCAACAGUUUAACUUGACAAUACAAAAAAAAUGUCUCUAAACCCUAGCGUUCUCUGCUGCUAAAUGAUGCUUACCAUACCGGUUGUAACAUUUUACAUCUGGUUUUAACUGAACAGGUUAAAGUUAAAACGAUUGACAUAAUUUUGACCAAAUUCAGGUUUUUAUGUCCCUCAAGCCUCAUGUUGCUUUGUUUCAGGCAGAGAGCCAACAGUGAUUUAGAUUUUAGAAAACUGUCAAAAAAAACCUUUUGCAUCCUUACUUCACUCGAGGUCUUUCAACCCAUCACCGAGGCGUGCACAUCAUGUGAUUCGAGUAUCUGUGAAAGUUGUUAAAGUCAAACAUUACCGCUGAGAAUCGAGUGACACAGCUGGACUGUGAGUCUGUCAUGGGACUUUUAUGAUUGAUGGGUAUUUAAAUGGUAUACCACCUUGUAAACGUUGCUUUAAUCUGCAAAUUCUUUUGUAGUCAUCAAUGAUAAAGAAUUUGUCCAUUUUAGUCUAAUAUGUAUGUCUUAACUUUUUUGUCAUAUACCUUUAAAUUCUUUACUGUCAGUUAUUUUAAAACAACUUAAAAAGAAUCAUUAAAGCUACUGUAGGGAGCUUUUGUUUGUGUUUAUUUUGGCUGAAAGUCUCACUGAAAGCAGGGGUAUAAAACAGACUUAUAUGAUUACUGAUGUGUCUUUAUGAGCGACAAAAGCAAAGAGGACCGUGAGCGUAAAGACAGACUUUUUCGAAGUACUUGUUUUUAAAGUCUGAAACCACUGCUGCAGGAUAGGUGUCGGAUAAACUGAUUGACAGAAAAAAAGAGGCUUUUUUCACUUCCUUCAUGGCAAAGACAGUUAGUGAAUUAUGUAUUUGACUUUUAGAAAACAGAAGGAUGAGAUUUUUGUUUUUUUUUAAAAAGUACAUACAUGUUAUAGAACAAAAUCAGCAACAUGAUUAAAGGAAAAGGAAUUGACACCCAUUAAAUCUCUUUAAAUGUCCUGGCAGUAAUAAUUUCAAACCAAGCUUUGCCAUGAAAAAUGCAAAAAAAAAAAUAAAAAAUAAAUAAAUAAGUUGGUUUGGUUUGGUAAUAAGCUUCUCGUCUCAGUCUGAUUGCCAAUAUUUGCUGAUAGUCUUGUUUGCUUUAGUCAUUUCAAGUCUGUUUUCUAAUGAGUGUUUUUAUAUUUUUGUGUUUUCAGCUCGUUGUCAGUGUCAGCAAGGCUGGAGGGAGAAUGAGAAUAAAUGUUACUUCUUUUCAUCUGAUACAAAGACGUGGCUGGAGGCUCAGGCCUUCUGUUUGGAGAAGAACAGCAACCUGAUGAGCGUCCAGGACAUCCACGAGAGGGUGAGACAACACGUCCAGUCUUUGAUAAAUGUUCCCUCAUGAUUUAACACGCUGGGUUAACGCUUGGUUUUACGUCUCAUUUCUAGCUGUGGGUAAGAACACAAGUCGGCCAAGAGAUCUACUGGUUUGGCCUGAAUGAUCGAGUAACGGAGGGUACUUGGGAGUGGGCAGACGGGGACCCCUUUAUUGAAUACUUAUCGUAUGUCACACUGCCUCUACAGCAAUUUUAGACAAUAAAUUAAAGUUGUAUUCGGAAAAAUGAAUAUCAGAACUGCAUCUUUCUAAAAACUGAUUCUGAUGGUUUCAGAUACUGGGCACCAGGUCAGCCAGAUAACUAUGGGGACUCUGGAGAGCACUGUGGUCAGAUUUUAGGAGCUAGCUUUGGACAGUGGAACGAUGAGAACUGCAACGUCAAGAGGAAAUACAUCUGCAAGCAUGUCAACGGUAAGUCCACCUAUUAAAGUCCUCUAAUCAAAGUCCACCACAAUUUCCCCUUUAGCCUUAUAAUUAUAUAAUCACCAGAACAAUCGUAUUGUCUCUAUUAUACACAAAACAGCACUAAACUCAUACUGCAGUGAUUACUGAGAAAAUUUCUAUUUAUGCAAGCAAAGUUGAGCCUUCACACAGUUUGUUGGAGAGUGUUUCAUUAAUUGUUUUAUGAAAAAAGGAGGAAAAUCAAGCUUUUUUUUCUUUUCUUUUUUUUUGCACCUAUAUUCACCUCUAAUCUUGCAACUGCAUGCAUCAGUUUUGAGAUUUUGCCGUACAAAACAGAAGUAUCCUUUCAUAAAUGGCUGACUGCAGUGACUUCCCCAUAAACAUCUGUGCAGCUUGUUUUGGAGUCCUUUCUUUUGUCUUAUUCUUUGUUGAAAGAGGAAGUUCAAAACCAGUGAACACAAAUGAAUGAAAAUGUUGAUAUCAUGUAAAUGUUGUGAGAUAAUUUUAUAGAUUUUUAUUUUACCCUUGCUGUUUUUUUCUUGUGCAUUUCAACCUGCUGCAAAUGUAGCUGUUAUCAGCGUUAAAUAAUAACUUCCACCUGCUGUCAGUCAGUUUAGCACAUAUGGAAAGAUAUCAUAAAGGCUGCAUUUACACACAAUUGCUUCUUCGCUGUUUCAAGAUAUCAAAGAGCUGUAACACGUCAACAUUUCUACACAGACACAUGAGUAUUUUUCUCGCCCUGUAGCGAAUCCUGGCCCUCAGUGUGACUUAAACAACGGCUGGAGACAGUACGGCUCCAACUGCUACAAGCUGAACGCAGAAACAAGGAAGAGCUGGUCCGAUGCCAGAGAUGACUGUGUGAUGCAGGGAGGAGACCUGGUGUCCAUUACCUCAGCAGGAGAAGAGCAGUACGUCACAGGGAGACUUGACCCGUCAUGGGUGGACCUCUGGAUCGGAUUUUCCACACUGGUGAGACACACAUAGAGUGGAAUCACAUCACUCACUUUCUUCUUCUUUAUUUAAUAUUUAACAUGAAUAUUUGUUUCUAUAGAAAUGCAACAAAAUUGGAUGUCAAGUCGAAGCUGGGGGCACUCAGUGGACCUGGUCUGAUGCUACACAAGCAGGGUACACUUUCUGGGCGACUGGACAACCUACAGUGUAAGACAAUGUUUCACCUUCUCUGAUUUAAAGACACAAAAUGUUAAGUUUACGCCAGUUGAGGUUCAAACACAUGUUCUCCCACAGUGACGGCCAGGCGGGCUCAUGUGCUGCAAAAAUCAAAGAUGAGACAGAUCAAUUUGGGAAGUGGAGAUCCCACAUGUGCAGAUAUGAACGUCCUUACAUGUGCAAACGACCUCUGAAUAGUAAGUGGGCUUAUCCAGCUAUUAUUCUGUUGUUUUCAUUAUAAAAAUCACUAAUUAAAUUAAUGUUUCCCCUUCUCUCCCUCUCUUUAUUUUCCUGCUCUUCUUCCAAAACUUCUUUCCAGCCAUCUGCCCUCUUGGCUGGUUGAGCUUCUCUGGCAGUUGUUACUGGAUGGUCAGCAAUACCAAUCUUCUGACCACCUGGCACGAUGCUCUCACAAAGUGCUCGGAUAUGGGGGCUCACCUACUCAUUAUAAACAAGUAGGGAACAACAACAAUUCAAUCAUUUUGCAUAAAAAAAAAAACUCUGGAAAGACUUUACAUGAACCUACCUCUUAUAAAUGCAUUAUAGACACAUUUAUAAAGCCUUAUAACACAUCUAUAAGGCUUUAUAACAACCCUUAUAAGCGAUAAUAAGCAUUCAUAACAGCUUAUAGAGAUGUUUCGGUCACAAUGUCGAAUAACUAAAUUAUCUGCUGCAUCAAUUAUUGAAAUGUCUGUGAUUGUUGUGUGUAGUGAAGAAGAGCAGUUCUUCAUCAACGGGAGACUCCCAGACUUUCACCAGGUGGACAUCCCUGACAUCUGGCUCGGUUUAUCAGGUGUGUAAACUUUGUGUUCACAGUGAUACAGGAGCAAAAAUUGCCUUGUUUUCUAAAGUGGUGUUUCUUCUUUCUUAUGGUAACAGAUAAAGACCAGGAUGGGACUUUCAAAUGGGUUGAUAAAAGUCCAAUAACUUAUUCCAACUAUGGUCCUGGCUGGCCCCAUAACACAGCCAAGAUUUGGGACUGUGGGCAAAUCUUCACAGGUAAAAUCUGUUUUUAACUUAAAUGUUUUUUUUUAAAUCAGAGUCUAAUUUUGAAUAAGCUAAGAUUUAAUUCUUUCUUCCAGGAAAUUAUCAAGGCAAGUGGGAAACAACCAACUGCUUCAAGAAACUGGGAUACAUUUGUGAGAUGACAGGAGGACAGAACCCCAAACCAACAGCACAUCCUGGUAAGUCGGUCCCUACUCUUCAUCUUCAUACCUGUCGCACUGAGGCUGAGGAUAAAAAAUGAACUUGCGCAGAAAUUGUAAUAACCAAAAUUGUUCCGUGCCAGAUUUCCACUGUGACCCCGGGUAUUUGUUGUACGGAGACUUCUGCUAUCAGUUUGAGACUGAGAUUGUGAAAAACUGGCACGAUGCUGAGGCUCACUGUCGCGGUGAGCAGGGUCACUUGGCGAGCGUGCAUACUCAAGAGGAACUGAGUUUCAUAGUUGGUGAGCAGCUCUAGAUCAUCCGAAAACUAUCCACAAUGAAUCAAGAAAUUAGAGACUUUGAUGCUUUUAGUUUAGAUUUACCAAAAGUUGUUGUGUUUUCUCUUCAGCUCACAUGCCAGGACAGGCCUGGAUUGGUUUAAAUGACAUCGACACUGAGGGUACUUUUGUGUACACCGAUGGCACACCUGCGGUGAGUGAGUGAUUCGUCACACUUAAUUAUCAGAACUGUCUUAUACACAGACGCUGUAAACAUGUCAAACGAGAUAAUAUGUUAGAUUUGUUCGAGUUAAUAAUCACAGACACUUAACCCUCUCUAAUCAGUUCUUCCUGCAGCAGCAAGAGGAGAAACACCAACGCUUGUUGCUACUGUUCAAACUGUGAAGUUCAGAAUCAGAAUCAGAAUCAGAAUCGGAAAUACUUUAAUGAUCCCAAGGGGGAAAUUGCUUUUUGUUACAGUAACUCCAGUGCAAAUAAAGCAAAAUAAGUAAAAACAAAGAGAUAAAUAGACAAAAUAAGUAAAAUAAGUAAAAAUAAAGAGGUAAUAUACAAGUAUGUACACCAUAUACGACACAAAAUAGCAAGUUGUUUUAAUGUUAGACUGAAAACUCCUGUUAUUCAUAAAAAAGCUAAAACUUAAAACUUAGUCUGAGGUUCAUUCUGGUUUGUUUUUGUUGUCGGAUCUUAGGACCUGCUCCUCUGGGGGCCAAACCAGCCGGACAACUGGCAGAACAAUGAGGACUGUGUUCACAUCAGAAGCAUGGAUCAUGUUGAACCCGGGAAAUUCAAUGAUGACUUUUGCUCCUCCACAAAGGAAUUUAUCUGCAAAAAAGGUCCGAUACUCUUUUAUCACUUUCACAAUCACAUGCCCCAUAUGUUGACACUUUGAUUUUUAGUGAUUCUUGUUUGUUUGUUUUUUUCAUCACAGCCAAAGGACAAGGACCUCCUCCCCAGCCACCAACAUCUGGACCAGGUCAGCUUGAUGAAACUCUUUUAGCAGGGUCUUAAAGUGAUGAGUCCUCUGUGAAAAGUCUUCAUCGACAAACACAUGAGCUGUUGUGUUGUUGUUUUUUAACAGGAUGGAAUGAUAAAUGUGGUUCCUGGAUGGCUGACCCUUUUAACGACUACUGCUACCUGUUUAACUACCUGUCCAUGAGGACGUGGGCUGAGGCUCGAGCCGACUGUCUCAACCAGGGAGGAGACCUCGUCAGUAUUACAGACCCCUUUGAACAGGCCUUCAUACAAGGUGUGACCUCAAGAUCUUUAAUCCAGUGUUGGCACUUACCACUUAUCUUUUUUUUUUUAAAUUAAGCCGUAUCACCUUUUUCACACUUUUGGUUUUUCCCCAUAACUGUUUCAGGUCAAAUCUUUGCAAUAACAGGUUCUUUACAGUCAAUUAAAAAAAAAAAAAUCAUGAUUAUUUAUUCACUUUGAAGAAUGCUCAAGUCCAAAAUUUCUCCUUCCUAUAUGCAGGAAGGUACAGCAGUCUGCAUGUGUCUGCAAAAAUCUCACUUCCUAUACAACCACUAGGGGGCGCAAGAUCAGAUUUACUUUCUGCACUCCCAAUAUAAUUUAAGACGAGAGUUGAACACCGGCUGACCUACGACAGAGUAUUAGGGCCACGUUAAGAAAAAAACAUUUAGACUAUGAGUCUAUAGUCAUUAUUUUUCAGAAUAAGUUGUAACUUACCAGAAUAAACUCGUAAUAAAGUAAUUACUUAGGAGAAUAAAUUUGUGAUAAAAUCAUUUCUUACGAGAAUAAACUCGUAACAAAAUAAUAACUUACGAGAAUAAAGUUGUAAUAAAGUAAUUACUUACGAGAAUUAAGUCGUGAUAAAAUCAUUUCUUACAAGAAUAAAGUUGUAUUAAAAUGAAUUCUUCCAAAAAAAAGUCGUAAUUAAGUAAUUACUUAUGAGAAUAAAGUCAUAAAGUAAUUACUAACGAGAAUAAAGUUGUAAUAAAAUGAUUUCUAACAAAAACAAAUUCGUAAUUAAGUAAUUAAUUAUGAGAAUAAAGUCGUAGUGAUAUCAUUACUUACAAGAAUAAAGUUGUAAUGAAGUAAUUCCUUAUGAGAAUAAUGUAGAAAAAUCAUUACUUAGGAGAAUAAAGUCGUAAUCAAGUACUACUAUUUUACUUAUGGUAAUGUGGUGCUGAUGUGCCAAUAGAUCAAGUAUCUCCUUGUUUGAGAAACAUAUUAAAGUACAUUUUCACAAAAUGCUUCAUGGCUCUUAUUUCAACUGCCAUAUUAAACAGCAGGUUGGAAUAUAAGGACUUUAUUCUGACUUCACUCUCGUAAGUAAUGAUUUUAUUACGACUUUAUUCUCUUAAGUUAAUGACUUUAAUCUCAGAGUCUUAAUUUUUGUUUCUUAAUGUGGCCCUAAUACUCCGUCGUACUGAACACAAGCUGUUUGUUUUUUGUUAUUAAAUCUGUUCAUGCUACCUUGUCAUUCCUCCCAGGUGUGAUCCAGCUGAGUCCUACAGGGAUCUCUCUGUGGAUGGGCGGGCAUGACUCUGUCACUGAAGGCGGCUGGGAGUGGAUUGAUGGUUCUCCUUUCAGAUACAUCCGCUGGAGUGCAGGUUAACAUUAAAAAGAGAAACACAAGAAUAAGGAUUGAAAAGUUGAGAAAAACGAACAAACAAACAAGUGAAUUCCCUUUCUUGGCCUCAUAAUUACUGACAGGUAACCCAGACAACUAUUUCGGUGAGGACUGCUUGUCUAUACUCAUAAACAAUGGUUACUGGAAUGAUGACAACUGUGAGUACAACAGAGGAUACAUCUGCAAGCGGAAAGGUGACAAAUAAAACUUUGAUCUUUCGUAUUUGCAAACAGAGGUUAAUAUUUAGGCUGUUGAAACAUGUCAGUAACACUACAUGUGUGUCUUGUUUUAUAGGAAACACACCAGAGCCUCCUCCACCUCAUGACGGUAACAAUACAGCUCUUCUCAGUGCUUUUUAAUAUCCACUAUCAAUACAGAAGAAAAUAGAGAGACAUGAUUUUUGACAUGGGUCCUGCUGCAGGUUACAUGACGGGUCUGGUCUGCCAGGACUCCACUGCUGUUCUCCACUGUCCACAGGAGAGUGUCAUCAACAUCAAGUCAGCUUUCUACGGUCGAAAGAGCGCUGAUAUCUGUCCACCUCUGGAUGGAUCGACAGGUGAUGCUUCACGAUUGUCUAAUUCCUCAUCUCAGUUAUGAAAUAGAUGGCAAUGAGGAGGACUUCUAUGGUCAUCAGUUUGGAUUUCAUUGAUGCUGUCCAGUGUUUUCUGUAAACCAUAAUAAACUUACAGCUGAUUAUUGAUCUUUGCAUCAUCAGGAAGCUGCUCAGUGGAUGGCGUCCUUCCUAUCUAUAGAAAGUCCUGUGAUAACCGUCCCUUCUGCUUUGUGUACGCCCCCGAUGUUGACCCCUGUCCUGAUGUUUCCAAAUAUCUCGAGAUCGUCUACACUUGUGAACAAAAAGGUAAGCUGUUCCUCUUCAUCUCUGUGUUUGUUUGUAUAAAUCCAAACAUCCAUUAUCCAAAAAUGUCAAUUUGCUAAUGUGUGUUUUUAUGGUUUCGGCUCCUCACAGUGUGCCUGCACGGCCUGGGCGUGGAAGACAGGAACAUCUCAGACUCCCAGCUCUCUGCGUCCUCCUCCAUGGGUGGAUUCUCUCCCAACCUUGCCAGACUAAAUGGAAACUCCUGCUGGAGACCUUCAGGAAGUGGUAUACACUAACAAAGAUUACAUUUUAACUGAUACAUUAGGAUGAAGAGAAAAAAAACGUGUAAAGAAAUAAUGUUUUUAUUUCCUCAUUCUGCUCUAGUAACCUCAAGCUGGAUUCAGGUCAAUCUGGGCCAGCCCAGAAAGAUUACAGGAAUAGUGAUCCAGGGUUGUCCUCAGUAUGACUUCUGGGUUACCAAGUUUAAAAUCCAGCACAGUAUGGACGCCUCAUCCUGGACUGACUACACUGCUGACGGGGCGGUGAGUUUGCAGAAACAGCCAAUGACUACAAUCCAAACUGUGAUUAUUCAGAGCAGAUUGUGAUGCUGGAUCUCUUCUAGUCUUUCCCAGGGGCGACCGACAGAAACACUCCUGAAACUCAGCUGCUGGGUUCGCCUGUGUCAGCUCAGUAUGUGCGAAUCCUCCCGCUGGAGUUCAGCGGUCAGGCCGGCCUUCGCUUUGAUGUCUUAGGAUGCACACCUGACUGUGAGGAAAUACUGCACACAUUUACCCUGACAUUAAAAACUGCUGUGAUACUGUCCUCUCUAUUGUCACUGAUUAAAAUUUGUGAUUCAACAGAUGCAAUCUCAUGCGCCAGUUGGCCAAACUUCAACUUUGCCAAUGACAAAAUGACGUAAGUGAAAUACAGAGAUAUUCUGUACAAUGUAUGCAACAACUGUCAUAGUCUGCAUUUUUAGGAUCUUACCAUCUAUGUUUCUGUAACCGAUUCUGAUGUGUCUUUCAGUGUCCACUGUCCUGCCCGCUGUGCCGAUACAUAUUACAGUGUGUACGGUACUUCAGUAUAUCGUGGGGUAGGUGAAUACUGUAUUGUUUCUGUAUCUUUAAAAAGAGAGAGAGAGUCCUGGUGUGCUGCUGCUCCACACAAAGAAAUGACAGACCUUCCCACUGAGCAGUAGACGGCUAUUAGACAUCUAGUUUUUUUUUUAGACCUAAUUUCAACCGUCCAGAUUCUGUGUAUUUUUAGACAGAAUUUAGAUGUUGCACUCUAACCCAUUAUUCGAUAACUACUUAUUUCAAAAAGCAACUGUGAGUUGCAUAACUGAUCUCCAAGUACUUAACUUAAAUAAUUAUGAUAGCCCUUGAGCAAUAUACAGUGUAGUGUCGAUGUAGCCCAUAUUUAGAAUUAGUCUAAACUUGGUCAAAAUUUAGACAUCUAAAAAAAACUUUGAGGAACAUGCAGCAGCUACAGCUUGUCAUAAUUUCUGCCGGUGUCAAAGGCAGCUGUUAUCCUGAUAACUGAAGGUAUAAAUAUGUUUUUGCUCUGCUUUUAACAGGACUCAAACAUCUGUGCUGCAGCCAUCCACGCUGGAGUGAUCUUAAAUGAAAAUGGAGGGGACUGUCAUCUGCUGAAACAGGAAGGACAGGACUUCUAUCCCGGAUCUACUAGAAAUGGCAUCACCACCAAACAGUAAGAAGCUGUGUUUUAAACUAAAAUGGCCUUUCGUUGGUCGAGUCCAGACCCAAGAUCCUACAGACUACGAGGCCUAUACUUUGUUCAAAUAUGAGUGGAGAUUAGGACUGACCAUGACGGCUAACUCGAAGUCACUAUUUCCCUACAGAUUUAAUGGAGACUAUGCAGUGUCCUACACUUUUGCUGACGGAGGUGUGUAAGGAUUAAUAUAUCGUGGCUUAAAUAAAUGUCUUCCCUCUGAGCGGGCAGAUUUCAUCUCUUUUCAGGCUUGUUUUUCCGCUCAGGAUAAUUGAUCCUGGAGUUUAUCUCAUCCCUCUGUCCUGCAGAGCUGAGGUGUGCAGGUCCUGACUGGUACGAGUUUGGAGAGUUCUGCUACAAACCUUAUGACGACAAGAAGACGUGGAGCGAGGCUCAGAAAACCUGCAGAAAUAUGGGUGCUGAACUCGUGUCCAUCCGCUCCAUGACUGAGCAGAGCUGGCUGGAGAGCUACCUGUACAUGGGUAUGAGUGAAUAAAUAAAGAAGUGAAAUCUGAUUUGAUUUUAGGAAAGAGAAAAGAGGUAGACUUCUAAGUGACUUCUUAGCAGCUACCAUGCUUUUUCAAUCUGAUUUUAAAAAAAGAGGGUUAAAAAAAGGUAGAAGAAUUGUGUUUUGACAUGCAGAAUCGAAAUAUUUUCCUUAGGUGUGAAAUCUAAAAACAGUGUUAAUUCGAUCUGUUGUCAUAAUUGUUUGUCUUUCCUCUUCAAAGCCACCAGCGAUGUUUGGACUGGUCUGAAUGAUCUGGUCGUACCUGGUAUGUUCACCUGGUCAGAUGAACACAUGGUGACGUUCACCUACUGGGCUCCAGGGGAACCAAACAACCACGAUGGGUUCAAUGAAGACUGUGUGGAGAUGAUACACCAGGUAGGAUUCAAAUACAGUCUUUUAUACACGUUACACACAAAUGCAUUUUAUACAAGACAUUAUGGAUGCGGUGUAAGAUACACAAACACCCUCAUCCUUUGUUUUUUUGUGGUUCAUCUCUGUUUCAGACUGGCCGAUGGAAUGACGUGUCUUGUUCAGAGCUCAACACCUACAUAUGCAAAAAGCCUAAAGCUCAUUACCCACUGCCCUCUGUGAAACCAACAGAAUACGGAUGCCCACAGGUAAAGCCCACUCAAACAAAGAGUUAAUUGUUUUGUUCCCUCCAUGUUACAACACCUGCCAUGACUUGUGCACAAAAGAAAUCACUGCAACAGCCUCACUUCUGUGAUGUGUGUCAGGGGUGGGAUGCUUACGGCUACGCCUGCUACUGGAUGGAGGAGACUGGGAGGAGCUGGUCAGAGGCUAAGAGCUUCUGUGACGAGAAGGAAGGUUUCCUGCUGCACAUUGGAGACAUGUGAGUUAUCAGGAUCAAAACAUACAAUCGUUUCUUAUACACACAAGGAUUUUUAUAAUGCUGUUUCAGGGCUGCCAAGUUUAAGAAAAUGACAAGAGUGAGACUUUAGUGUUAUGAUGUAUUAAAAAAGUAGGCCUUUUUUAACGUUGAUUUAUACCUUAAGACAAAUGUCCUCACCUCCAUACCAGCUGCUCUCCCUGCACUGUGCCUCCUGCCUCUUAAUGCUAGUCUUAAUAAACCAGAAGUUAGAAAUGAAAAAUGUAACAAGAAUUUGGACAAAAUACAUUUAUAUGUCAAUAUUGCAUUUCAACCAACUCUCCAUCAUUUAGCUGGGGACAUGUCUUGUGUUGUAGGAGUUUGUGGCAGAUUUUGAUGCCUUGAUGAAAGAGGCUCGACGCUGUUGUGUGUGAGAGAUAGUCAGAGACGCCAAGACCCGCCUUACGUUACCCGGGGCUGCUACCCUCUAUAGCAAGAUCGGACACAGUUUUUCAAAGUGUUUAGGGUUAAAUUUCAGUUAAAGGUGCAGAGUGUAAUAUUUAGCAGCAUUUGUGUGUGUGUGUGUGUGUGUGUGUGUGUGUGUGUGUGUGUAUGUGUGGCUUUGGAUGAGAUUGUAUUGUUGGGUAAGGUAUCUGUGUGUGUGGGAGGGGGGGCAUCUAGGAUAGAUUUGUUUUAAAUUAACUGUGAAAGACUUUGUGUUACAUUCUUCGUAGGAAAAUCACUGUCCAGGACCUAUUUAGAAGCACGUUUCAGACCAUUUGGAGUCAAUCGCUACAAAAAAAAAAUUAGGAAAAGUGUCAAAAAAGUAUUAGGGUUACUUUUGGGGUAAUGUUCGGGUACUGGGGUUUUAACACAUUUGCCGACCCGUGAUCCUCAAGGGAACAAGAUAGAGAUCUUGGGCAAAGACCAAUUCACCCUAUUUCAUGUACCCCAAUUUCACUGGUACCAAAAUGAAGUCUCUACGACGUUGUGUUCAAAAGUAAUGGGAAAUUGUGCAAAUACAAUGAAAACAGAUCAUUUAUUUCUGGCACUUAUUUUUUCACAAUGAAGAAAUAAAUUCAGUGUAAAAAAAAUCAGUCUCUCAAAAGAUUUGUUAAGGUGAAAUUCAACUUUAAAAAAAACUGUGUUAAAAAAAAUCCAACAUAAAAAAAAAGUUUAAUGUCAAAAAAUUCAGUGUAAAACAGACCGACUCAACAUCCAGGUAACCAGGGAAAGCAAUCAAUUCCUGGCUCAAUCAUCCAUCGUCCAGCCAAUCAAUUAAUGCUAGAUUGGUCAUGUGGCAUAGACCCCAGUAGAAGACUGAGGAAUCGAUUGCUUCUCCCUGAUUACCCGGAUGUUGAGUCGGUCUGUUUUAAACUCAAUUUUUUGACACUGAAUUAUUUGACGCUGACAUUUUUUUUUUAAUGGUGAAUUUAUUUAUUUAUUUUUUUUACAGUUCUUUUUUAAGUCGAAUUUUUACUACAGGUAUAUUUUGAGAGACCAAUUUUUUUACACUGAAUUUAUUUCAUCAUUGUGAAAAAAAAUCAGUGUAAAAAAUAAAAAUGCGAGCUUGAAAUUCAAUGGUUUUGCAAUUCAAGGACUGAUUUUGAUGCAAAAAAAAUUCAAAUUCAAAAUCAGAUGACACAGAUUUACUUCCAUAUCUACUCCUAACCGACUGAGCCUGAAGAGUCUCUAAAUUGCUUGUGUGUCUGUGUUUCGCCGCAGUUACGAGCAGGCGCAUUUCACCGUGGCCCUGACAGGAAAGACAGGGAUGUGGUGGAUCGGCCUGCGUGCUCGAGGACAAGGUGGAGGAGUGGACUACAUCUGGGACAACGGCUUACCUUUGACCUUUACUCACUGGGACAGAGAACAGCCAGGUGCAGACCAGAUGCAACAUUCAGCUAAGGAGGUUGAUAAAUGUACACUAGAUGACACUGUUGUCCUUUUUGUGUUUAGAUAACGGGGAUGGUACAUGUGUGGCUAUGGCCACCGGUGCUGUUGGAGGUUUCUGGGAUGACAAACAAUGCUCCGAGAAAUUCUCAUUCAUCUGCGAGAAACCCAGGCCCGACAUCACCCCGCCUCCAAAACCCCCAACACCUCCUCCUGCAGAGGGCUGUGCUGCUGGCUGGACUGCUAAGCCCCACUUCAGAUACUGUUACAGGGUAUAUGAGAAAGUUCAUCAAACUCUACAAACUCUGCCUCCCUGCAGGGCCCAGUACUGAUCUGUUAUUGAUGGAUUUGUUGCAGCUUUUCCACGAAGUGAGCUGGUCCCAAAAGAAGAGCUGGGGAGCAGCAAACGAAGACUGUGUCUCCAGAGGAGGCAACCUGGUUAGCAUCCACAAUCAGGCAGAGGAAGAGUUCCUGGCUCUGUACAGCAAAGGCACCAGCAAGUGGAUCGGCCUAAAACACAACCCCAUAGAAGGAGGUCGGUACAAUCUAGGAUUGCAUAUAUCGAUAUACAUCAAUAAAAAGAAAACAUUACAGAACUGAUCUUUCUAAAGGCUAUUCCUGGAGUGACGGCACCCCGCUGUCCCACACCAACUGGGGUCACGGGGAACCCAACAACCACGACGGCCGUGAAGAGUGUGUGGAGAUGGUGAGCACCACCAACGGGACCUACUCCUGGUGGAACGAUCUCAACUGUGACGCUCACCAGGACUGGAUCUGUGAGAUCGCUAAAGGAAAGACCCCCAUCCUGCCCCCAGUGCCCCCUCCUACUGUCCCAGGUAAGCUUUCAGGUUCACCAGACUCUUGGUGUUUUGUAACAGAAAAAUAAAGAAGUGAACUACCAACAGUUGUAGCAACUUUCCCAGGAAGUAAAGUAGCUACAAGAGUGAAACUUCAGCAUAUAGUUAGAGGUACAUUCGCGGUUAUUUUCAGCCAUCUAGCUCCUUCAGUUUCAAAGAAAAUGUCUUGUCCAUUUUAGAUACUGAGGAGGUUCAUAGAGAGGUCUGUGAAAUGGACAGGCCAAUUUCUCAGGAACCAAAUGAGCUAGAAGGCUAAAACUGCUUCAGAGUGUAGAAGAGACCCAGGAGAUUAUACCCGGUGUCUAUUAAGGUUAAUUAACAGCAGAAAUUAAAGAUUAAACAGUUCAUAUUAUAAAGCCCCAGUGAAAUAUUUAAAGCAGGUUAUUACAGAGGCUGAAAUCAACGCUGGUUACUCUAAAGACUUAAAACAGUAAACAGGACCAUCAACAAGAAGACUAACGAUGUAUAGACACACUAAUAUUACUUUAAUUUAUCUUUUAUCUCUUUUACCUCUAUCUUAUUUCGGCUUUACUGUCUUUUUAGCUCUUGUUAUACUUAUACUCUUUUCCUUACUAACCUUUUAAGCCUUUUAUUGUUUUAUCUCUUACUCAUUUCUGUUGUUCUAUUUUAUCAUAACUAUUAUUAUCAGUAUUACUUUAUUAUUUUAGCAUUAUUGACAUUGUCUUAUAUAUUUACUAUCCUGUUUUCCGCUUUCAACUCCCUGUUUUAUUGCAUUUUCCUUUUUCCUUAACUAUUUUAUGCUAUUAUGUUGGUCCUCAUGGUCUUAUUUUUUGUUGCGGGGUUCUUGUAUUGCCUGGGUUCCCUAUGACAUAUGAAAAUGGCCUUCAAUUCAGUUUUAACUGAGCUUUUUGUUUUUAUUUGUCUUUUUCCAUGUGCUUUAUGACUAUUUGUCAAAGCACUUUGUAAACUUCUGUUUUUAAAAGUGCUAUCAAAAUAAAGUUAUUAUUUUUAAUAUUAUUAUUAUUAUUAUUGAAAUUACUGGCAGGGGGGGGAUGUCAGGUCAAGUGAUAAACUGCUACAGUAGAGAUAUCAAACAUUUUUACAGUUAAAGGAAGAUGGAUUGUUGUCAUAUUCUGCCAAGGACAAGAUCAGAAAAGAUCUCUCCAUCCACAAGGGCCCAAAAACUGACACAGACUGAGCUUUAAGUAACUGUACAUUUAAUUUAUCCUGAUAUUUUUGCAAAAUGUCAUCUCCUUGUCUUUUCCUCUUACCUCCAACCUCAGCCCUUGAUUGUGGCCCGAACCCCGGCUGGAGGAAGAAAAACAACAUCUGCUAUUACUACAAUGACACCGACAUAGUGGACUUCCACACGGCCAUGAGACGCUGCUACGCUGAAAAGGCUUCGCUUGUGACCAUCCACAGUAGAGAUGAACAGGCUUACGUUAACAGCAUGGUAGCACAUGUUCUUCUUUUCUAAAACGGUUGUGAAGAACAGCUGUGAUAUAUGCAUGUUUGAUACAUGUUAUUUUUCUUCUCCCAGGUUGGGACAGGUGAUGUUGCUACAGCGUGGAUUGGAAUGAGGAUGGUUGGCGUGGCAAAUGGACAGUACAUGUAAGUGUUUUUCUUCCUGAUUAGGGAUUAGUUUAAGUAAAUAUCCUUUAAUUUAGAUAUAAGUAUGUAUGGCUGUAAGAUUUGUGUAUAUUUGCCAUGACUGCUGUGAUUGGCUGCUGAAGUUAGUUUUUCCCAAAUCACAGCAGUAACUGAACGUAAAUGAUUUUUUGUUUAUAAUUUCUCUGUCAUAUCUGUACAGGUGGGUGGACUUCUCUCCUAUGGUAUACACUCACUGGGCUCCAGGUGAGCCCAACAACGCCAACGGGGAGGAACAGUGUGUGCAGAUGAACAGGCACCAAGGUAUGUAUUUAAAUCCCACAUAUUAUAAAAUAAACUCUGCAGAUUUUAGAAUGUAUCAUUUUUAAUCAUGUGUCUGUGAUCUAUAUAACAACCGCUUACUUGUGAAGGUGGAUGGAACGAUGCCAACUGUGGUCGAGCCACUGCAGGUUACGUCUGUAAGAAAUACCCCGGAGAAAUCCACACCCCUCCUCCACCCACACAGCCUUGGGAAGGCAACUGCCCUGAAGGUAAACUCCCUUUUUUGACUGAUGAUAUCUUGACUGGCUGGUACAAACAAGCUACAUGUACAGCUGUGUUUUAGAGGAUAUGUCUGGUACGAUACUCACUGUCAACAAAUACUAGAAAACAUGACAUAUGAGGACAUUUCUCUAUAAAUAAUGAACCGAAAACUACCUGGUUGUCUUAAAAUCAAUCCAGUAGUAAAAUCUUUUGUGCUUAUUCAUUAACCCCCUCCACUAUAUGACAGAAAAUGUGUUAUUAUAUCUUAACAGAGGCAUUACCCUGCUUAUCUAUUUGCUCUAAAAGUCCCACUCCAAUUGUUUUUUUACCACUUAAAGUCGCCUGAUUGGCUAGAAGCGCUGAGCUUCGAUUGGUUAUUCCUUAUGGCUGUAAAACGCCGUCAUCUGUUGAGUUAGGGUAAGAGUUAGUGUUAGGGUUAGGGUUAGGGUUAGGGUUGGAGCUAGGGUUAGGGUUGGAGCUAGGGUUAGGGUUAGGGUUGCAACUAGGGUUAGGGUUAGGGUUAGGGUUGCAGCUAGGGUGAGGGUGAGGGUUAGGGUUAGGGUUGGAACUAGGAUUAGGGUUGGAGCUAGGGUUAGGGUUAGGGUUGGAGCUAGGGUUAGGGUUAGGGUUGGAGCUAGGGUUAGGGUUAGGGUUAGGGUUGGAACUAGGGUUAGGGUUGGAGCUAGGGUUAGGGUUAGGGUUGGAGCUAGGUUUAGGGUUAGGGUUGGAGCUAGGGUUAGGGUUGGAGCUGGGGUUAGGGUUAGGGUUAGGGUUGGAGCUAGGGUUAGGAUUAGGGUUGGAGCUAGGGUUAGGGUUAGGGUUAGGGUUACGCAUUUUGGAGGUGACCCACCCCCUUGGUAACUUUUGAAUGGAAGGUCGUAGAGCGCUGAAACUUGCAUGUUGGGGGGUGCAAGAUUUUUCUGAGUCUAAUGAACCAACUCCCGAGUCUCUAGGACGUUCCUAAAAAAAUUUGAUUUUUUCCCAUAGGAAUGCAUGGGUUAGGGUUAGGGUUAGGGUUGGAGCUAGGGUUAGGGUUAGGGUUAGGGUUGGAGUUAGGGUUAGUGUUGGAGCUACGGUUAGGGUUGGGCUUGAAGCUAGGAUUUUUCUGAGUGCAAUGAACCAACUCCCGAGUCUCUAGGACGUUCCUAAAAAAAUUUGAUUUUUUUCCCAUAGGAAUGCAUGGGUUAGGGUUAGGGUUAGGGUUGGAGCUAGGGUUAGGGUUAGGGUUAGGGUUAGGGUUGAAGCUAGGGUUAGGGUUAGGAUUAGGGUUGGAGCUAGGGUUAGGUGUGGGGUUAGGGUUGGAGCUAGGGUUAGGGUUAGGGUUAGGGUUGGAGCUAGGGUUAGGGUUAGGGUUAGGGUUGGAGCUAGAGCUAGGGUUAGGGUUAGGGUUGGAGCUAGGGUUAGGGUUAGGGUUAGGGUUGGAGCUAGGGUUAGGGUUAGGGUUGGACCUAGGGUUAGGGUUAGGGUUGGAGCUAGAGCUAGGGUUAGGGUUAGGGUUGGAGCUAGGGUUAGGGUUAGGGUUGGAGCUAGGGUUAGGGUCUGAGCUAGAGUUAGGGUUAGGGUUAGGGUUGGAGCUAGGGUUAGGGUUGGACCUAGGGUUAGGGUUAGGGUUGGAGCUAGAGCUAGGGUUAGGGUUAGGGUUAGGGUUAGGGUUGGAGCUAGGGUUAGGGUUAGGGUUGGAGUUAGGGUUAGUGUUGGAGCUAGGGUUAGGGUUGGGCUUGGAGCUAGGAUUUUUCUGAGUGCAAUGAACCAACUCCCGAGUCUCUAGGGCGUUCCUAAAAAAAUUAGCUUUUUUCCCAUAGGAAUGAAUGGGUUAGGGUUAGGGUUAGGGUUGGAGCUAGGGUUAGGGUUAGGGUGCGGGUUAGGGUUGAAGCUAGGGUUAGGGUUAGGGUUAGGGUUAGGGUUGGAGUUGGAGCUAGGGUUAGGGUUAGGGUUGGGUUAGGGUUAGGGUUGGAGCUAGGGUUAGGGUUAGGGUUGGAGCUAGGGUUAGGGUCUGAGCUAGAGCUAGGGUUAGGGUUAGGGUUGGAGCUAGGGUUAGGGUUAGGGUUGGAGCUAGGGUUAGGGUUGGAGCUAGGGUUAGGGUUAGGGUUGGGUUAGGGUUAGGGUGUGAGCAACAGUUAGGGUUAGGGUUGGAGCUAGGGUUAGGGUUAGGGUUGGAGCUAGUGUUAGGGUUGGAGCUAGAGCUAGGGUUAGGGUUAAUGUUGGAGCUAGGGUUAGGGUUAGGGUUAGGGUUGGAGCUAGGGUUAGGGUUAGGGUUGGAGCUAGGGUUAGGGUUAGGGUUGGAGCUAGGGUUAGGGUUAAGGUCUGAGCUAGAGUUAGGGUUAGGGUUAGGGUUGGAGCUAGGGUUAGGGUUGGACCUAGGGUUAGGGUUAGGGUUGGAGCUAGAGCUAGGGUUAGGGUUAGGGUUAGGGUUGGAGCUAGGGUUAGGGUUAGCGUUAGGGUUGGAGCUAGGGUUAGGGUUAGGGUUAGGGUUGGAGCUAGGGUUAGGGUUAGGGUUAGGGUUGGAGCUAGGGUUAGGGUUAGGGUUGGACCUAGGGUUAGGGUUAGGGUUAGGGUUGGAGCUAGAGCUAGGGUUAGGGUUGGAGCUAGGGUUAGGGUUAGGGUUAGGGUUGGAGCUAGGGUUAGGGUUAGGGUUGGAGCUAGGGUUAGGGUUAGGGUUGGAGCUAGGGUUAGGGUUGGAGCUAGAGUUAGGGUUAGGGUUAGGGUUGGAGCUAGGGUUAGGGUUGGACCUAGGGUUAGGGUUAGGGUUGGAGCUAGAGCUAGGGUUAGGGUUAGGGUUAGGGUUGGAGCUAGGGUUAGGGUUAGGGUUAGGGUUGGAGCUAGGGUUAGGGUUAGGGUUGGAUCUAGGGUUAGGGUUAGGGUUGGAGCUAGAGCUAGGGUUAGGGUUGGAGCUAGGGUUAGGGUUAGGGUUAGGGUUGGAGCUAGGGUUAGGGUUAGGGUUGGACCUAGGGUUAGGGUUAGGGUUAGGGUUGGAGCUAGAGCUAGGGUUAGGGUUGGAGCUAGGGUUAGGGUUAGGGUUAGGGUUGGAGCUAGGGUUAGGGUUAGGGUUGGAGCUAGGGUUAGGGUCUGAGCUAGAGUUAGGGUUAGGGUUAGGGUUGGAGCUAGGGUUAGGGUUGGACCUAGGGUUAGGUUUAGGGUUAGGGUUGGAGCUAGAGCUAGGGUUAGGGUUAGGGUUAGGGUUUGACCUAGGGUUAGGGUUAGGGUUAGGGUUGGAGCUGGGGUUAGGGUUAGGGUUAGGGUUAGGGUUGGAGCUAGGGUUAGGGUUAGAGUUAGGGUUGGAGCUAGGGUUAGGGUUAGGGUUACGGUUGAAGCUAGGGUUAGGGUUGGAGUUGGAGCUAGGGUUAGGGUUAGGGUUGGGUUAGGGUUAGGGUUGGAGCUAGGGUUAGGGUUAGGGUUGGAGCUAGGGUUAGGGUUAGGGUUGGAGCUAGGGUUAGGGUUGGAGCUAGGGUUAGGGUUGGGUUAGGGUUAGGGUGUGAGCAACAGUUAGGGUUAGGGUUGGAGCUUGGGUUAGGGUUAGGGUUGGAGCUAGUGUUAGGGUUGGAGCUAGAGCUAGGGUUAGGGUUAGGGUUGGAGCUAGGGUUAGGGUUAGGGUUAGGGUUGGAGCUAGAGCUAGGGUUAGGGUUAGGGUUGGAGCUAGGGUUGGAGCUAGGGUUAGGGUUGGAGCUAGGGUUAGGGUUAGGGUUGGACCUAGGGUUAGGGUUAGGGUUAGGGUUGGAGCUAGAGCUAGGGUUAGGGUUAGGGUUAGGGUUGGAGCUAGGGUUAGGGUUAGGGUUAGGGUUGGAGCUAGAGCUAGGGUUAGGGUUAGGGUUGGAGCUAGGGUUAGGGUUAGGGUUAGGGUUGGAGCUAGGGUUAGGGUUAGGGUUGGACCUAGGGUUAGGGUUAGGGUUGGAGCUAGAGCUAGGGUUAGGGUUAGGGUUGGAGCUAGGGUUAGGGUCUGAGCUAGAGUUAGGGUUAGGGUUAGGGUUGGAGCUAGGGUUAGGGUUGGAGCUAGGGUUAGGGUUAGGGUUGGAGCUAGAGCUAGGGUUAGGGUUAGGGUUAGGGUUGGAGCUAGGGUUAGGGUUAGGGUUAGGGUUGGAGUUAGGGUUAGUGUUGGAGCUAGGGUUAGGGUUGGGCUUGGAGCUAGGAUUUUUCUGAGUGCAAUGAACCAACUCCCGAGUCUCUAGGGCGUUCCUAAAAAAAUUUGAUUUUUUCCCAUAGGAAUGAAUGGGUUAGGGUUAGGGUUAGGGUUGGAGCUAGGGUUAGGGUUAGGGUUAGGGUUAGGGUUGAAGCUAGGGUUAGGGUUAGGGUUAGGGUUGGAGUUGGAGCUAGGGUUAGGGUUAGGGUUGGGUUAGGGUUAGGGUUGGAGCUAGGGUUAGGGUCUGAGCUAGAGCUAGGGUUAGGGUUAGGGUUGGAGCUAGGGUUAGGGUUAGGGUUAGGGUUAGGGUUGGAGCUAGGGUUAGGGUUAGGGUUGGAGCUAGGGUUAGGGUUAGGGUUGGAUAUAGGGUUAGUGUUGGAGCUAGGGUUAGGGUUGGGCUUGGAGCUAGGAUUUUUCUGAGUGCAAUGAACAAACUCCCGAGUCUCUAGGGCGUUCCUAAAAAAAUUUGAUUUUUUCCCAUAGGAAUGAAUGGGUUAGGGUUAGGGUUAGGGUUGGAGCUAGGGUUAGGGUUAGGGUUAGGGUUAGGGUUGAAGCUAGGGUUAGGGUUAGGGUUAGGGUUGGAGUUGGAGCUAGGGUUAGGGUUAGGGUUGGGUUAGGGUUAGGGUUGGAGCUAGGGUUAGGGUCUGAGCUAGAGCUAGGGUUAGGUUUAGGGUUGGAGCUAGGGUUAGGGUUAGGGUUAGGGUUAGGGUUGGAGCUAGGGUUAGGGUUAGGGUUGGAGCUAGGGUUAGGGUUAGGGUUGGGUUAGGGUUAGGGUGUGAGCAACAGUUAGGGUUAGGGUUGGAGCUAGGGUUAGGGUUAGGGUUGGAGCUAGUGUUAGGGUUGGAGCUAGAGCUAGGGUUAGGGUUAAGGUUGGAGCUAGGGUUAGGGUUAGGGUUAGGGUUGGAGCUAGGGUUAGGGUUAGGGUUGGAGCUAGGGUUAGGGUUAGGAUUAGGGUUGGAGCUAGGGUUAGGGUUAGGGUUAGGGUUGGAGCUAGGGUUAGGGUUAGGGUUAGGGUUGGAGCUAGGGUUAGGGUUAGGGUUGGAGCUAGGGUUAGGGUUAGGGUUAGGGUUGGAGCUAGAGCUAGGGUUAGGGUUAGGGUUGGAGCUAGGGUUAGGGUUAGGGUUAGGGUUGGAGCUAGGGUUAGGGUUAGAGUUGGAGCUAGGGUUAGGGUUAGGGUUAGGGUUGGAGCUAGAGCUAGGGUUAGGGUUGGAGCUAGGGUUAGGGUUAGGGUUAGGGUUGGAGCUAGGGUUAGGGUUAGGGUUGGAGCUAGGGUUAGUGUCUGAGCUAGAGUUAGGGUUAGGGUUAGGGUUGGAGCUAGGGUUAGGGUUGGAACUAGGGUUAGGUUUAGGGUUAGGGUUGGAGCUAGAGCUAGGGUUAGGGUUAGGGUUAGGGUUUGAGCUAGGGUUAGGGUUAGGGUUAGGGUUGGAGCUGGGGUUAGGGUUAGGGUUAGGGUUGGAGCUAGGGUUAGGGUUAGAGUUAGGGUUGGAGCUAGGGUUAGGGUUAGGGUUAGGGUUGAAGCUAGGGUUAGGGUUGGAGUUGGAGCUAAGGUUAGGGUUAGGGUUGGGUUAGGGUUAGGGUUGGAGCUAGGGUUAGGAUUAGGGUUGGAGCUAGGGUUAGGGUUAGGGUUGGAGCUAGGGUUAGGGUUGGAGCUAGGGUUAGGGUUAGGGUUGGAGCUAGGGUUGGGUUAGGGUUAGGGUGUGAGCAACAGUUAGGGUUAGGGUUGGAGCUAGGGUUAGGGUUAGGGUUGGAUCUAGUGUUAGGGUUGGAGCUAGAGCUAGGGUUAGGGUUAAGGUUGGAGCUAGGGUUAGGGUUAGGGUUAGGGUUGGAGCUAG